GAAGAGCACUGUAUCUCGUCUGUAUGUGGCAGCCAUGGCCAUUAGCUAGCAAGCUACUUUCAAAAAAACAGAUUCAUUUUGGAACGUAGCGUGAGAAGAAGAGACCCCCAUUACGGCGGUGGAUUUCACUUUAAGGUGACACCAUGCUCCUGGAGCCUGCAGCAGCUGAAGAUCGACGUGUUUGACUGACAAGCUGCCGUCAUGGGAACAACAAUGAGUGAGCCGUGUAUCUACGACAAGCUGUCUGAGAGCAUCGACAUCCUCCGCCAGUCGGGCUACCGCUACGGCAUGUCGGAGAGGGAGAUAGAGAGGUUCAUCAAGCAGGUCCUAGAGACCAAUGAACCCAGGAGAGAGCCUCCCCAGUUCCCCAUCCUGAGGGCCACCAUAAAGUUUGUGGUGGCAGUGGGCUUCCUGCUGGUGGCAGUGCUGGCCUUCACAUACCCCCAGAGUGCCCCCCAGCUGGGUCUGGUCAACCUGGGCUGUUACAACUGGUCGUCCCCCCUCAGCCACGUCCGCCUGCUGUCCCUGCCCAUCGCCAAGAAGUACAACCUGCAAGGUUUCCAUGAAUGGUGGAGUGCCGGCUCUCUCAGGCAGAAUCUGGUCAACUGCUCGGGCUGUGCAGAGAUCUCCUCUGUGCUGGAAGUCCCGGAGAGCCUCAGAGGGACUGUGACUCUGCGACGGGGGCCCCAGCUUGUCCUGCUGAAGGGUGGGGAGUCCCUCAGUGUCCAGCGGCAGCAGCUUGAGGAGCUCUACUUGGCCCAUUCAGGCUCCAUGUCCAUUCUGCUGGAGGAGGACGACGGUCUGCAGAACCACAACCUCGGCCUCCCACAAGGACCCGCCAACUUCACUCUGCUCUGGAGGUUCAGCUCUGGGACCAGGGAGAAGGUGCUGAGGUGGCUCUUCCCGAAGGCGGAGCUCUGCCCCCUGCUGGACAGUGCUGGGACCAUCGUGCAGCGCUGCCUGGUCACCCACAGCACAAACUCCCAGAGCAAGGGUGUCGGUGUGUUUGGCUGGCUGGUGGUGGGCGAGGGGCUUCCAACGGUUCGAGUUCUGCCCGUCCAACGCUGUCAGAAACACUGCAGCUCCUUCAACCUGUGGCUGACACCUGGAGACAUGGUUUACGCUGACCCUCGGUACUGGCAGACGGAGCUGUUCCCCGGCCGAGGCCAGAACAUCAUCUGUGAUGGAUCGGCCUUUUAACCUUCAGGUGGAGCGAAGCCAAGGAGGACAGAGUUCAGGACUGGGGUGCGAGGCGCAGAUCGGCCGUGAAUGUUUGACUUGCUGCUGAGGUGUUUUCGGAGCUCGUCUGCCUUUCUGCGGCCCCGCCCACUGAUGCCUUAUAACCCUCCGGUCUUUUUUCUGAUGCCCCGCCCAUCUGAUAGACCUAGUGUCCUCAGAGAACGGGAAACCACUGCACAGAGGAUUGAGAAGUGACUUUUGACUUUGUCCUGGUGUGUAACAGCACAGCAUCAUCGGUCUAUAAAGUCUCUGCAGCUGUGCUCGUGCCAUAGCUUCAAUCAGAUCUUUAGCAUUAAAAAAAAAAGAUAAAUGAAAUCAUCGGGUUUGUUUCUCUGUCAGAAAGUAGUGAAACACUGUUGAGUGCAUUGGCAUCAUCCUGUUCCAGGCCUCAUUGCCCACAUCUCAUAAUCAGAGAUUAUUAUAUUGAUGGCUGUUUCUUUGGUUACUCGUCAGUCAGAGCUGCGCAGUUGGCAUUAAGAAUACAGACUUUAGUGUGGAUGAAAUGUUUGCAGGUUGAUGUGAGUCGACUUAAAGGAAUAACAAAUCGCUACAUUUCUUCAGUCCGCUGUAAGUAAACUGCUUCUAGAAACCGCACCUUUCCUGCCAACUGGACAGAUCAGUCACUGCUGAUUGGUUAGAGCAAAAUAAACCCCGCCCCAAACAGAACACAAAUAAGUUUAUUAACGCUGGGACCCACCGCUCACUUCUUGCCUCCAGAGAGUUGCCUGAUCCUCACUUCUUUCUGCAGUGCAUUCUGGGAGCUUUCUAGGAAUUUCAGGACUUGGUGGACUGGUGUUGGUACUUGCUGGACGUUUACUACCUCCUGAAGUUGCGAGACACACCUGCAGCUUCACCUUCUGCUCCUCAUCUGGGCCCUUCCUCCAUGUUAAAGGGCCAGUUCACCAAAGUUACACGAAACAUAGUUUUCUUAGUUAUCAUAUCUAGAACUAACUUUAAUUGCAUUUUUUUGUAACAGAAAUUGUCAUCAUUUCCUGUAAAUUAAUCUGUUUAGUCAAGUAGAUUUUAUUUAUAUAGCCCAAUAUCACAAAUCACUAUUUGCCUCAAGGGGCUUUACAGUCUGCUGCACAGACUGUAAAGCCCCUUUAGGGCUCAUUUUUAGGGAAAAGACACAGACCUGACAUGUGUGAUCUUACACUGCAGCCCAAUAAUUUACAGAAAGAAUUCAAAAGAAAGUUUAACUGUGACAUUUUGAAUAUGGCUCACACUGACCAGCUGUCAUUCAUUUACUCAACUACUGAUGUAAUAGACUCAAUUAUUGUUCCAUUGUAGUUCAGUGUCUGUGUCUUUGACUGUAAAUUAUUCACACAUGAGCUGAGAAUUUCAUUUUGGUGUUAACAUAACUAACAGCUGUGCACAAGCUGAAGGUCGGAGAAUAAACCUCAAGUAAAUGUUGUGCCGCUCGUUGAGAUUAAUGUUGUCACGAAACCAGAAUUUCUGAACGAGAUGAGAAAUCUCCAAACCCAGACAGAUAAAACCAAAAUGAUCUGAUUGGAGAGAUCACACGAGAGGGGAGAGAGAGAGAGAGAGAAUAUGUAUUUUUGUAAUUUGGGUGAACUGAACCUUUAACAGCCACUUCCUCCUCCAACGUAAUGCACAGCAUCAUCGUUCACUUUCGUCCUUCAUGUCGUCUGUCAGGAUCAGCUUCAGAUAUUCUUUUUAAUUGUGAUUUUACUAAUUUAACAGACAAAGCUGCUUAAUUUCACUGUUGUUAUUUAUUGUAAUGAUUGUAUGUAUAUAUGUGUUCAAGCCAUUCAUUUUAAUAAUGUGUUGUAAUAUUAUUAUGCUCUGAUCAACUGUCUGUUAUGAGUACUGAGUGUGGACAGUUGAACGUCAGCGGAGGAAAUAUUUUGUGCAUAAUCAGGGUUUCAAUGGGUCGUUAAAAAGUCUGAAUAUUAAAUCAGUUUGCCAAAGUUAAUGCCUGUUAAGUCUGAGUUUCUGCCUCGUUUCGUUCAAGCAUCCCAAAAAUCUCCAAACGUCACCAGUUGGGAGCGUUUGAACAGAAUGAGGAGGUGAAUCUUUUAAAGCGUCGCUUCGCAGAGGAAUGUCAUAGAUUUCUGAGAAAAUUAAAGCUUGUCAUGUAUUUGCUUCC